AUGGAAACUGACAUAAACAUUCCAAAAACAAAAGCUGUUAAUGUUUUCUUUUAGUUUGCUAGAAUGCAAUUCUACUUAACUGUUUUUUCUAAUUUGUUACCAAUUAUAAUAAGUUAGACAAAUUAAGUUUGUUCAAGUAAGUCAAAUAUCAUUCAUAAGAUGAGGGAAUAAAAUUGAUUGCUUUAAGUUACAAAGGUGACAUUGUUCUAUUAAUUCUAAAUUUAAUAUCACUUCUAUUUAUAUGGCUUAAAGAACCAUUUGCAAGGUAUAAUAUUUAUUAAUUCACCAGACUUGAAUUUUUUGUAAUGUAUGCAAUUAACAUUUGUUGGAGUGGAAUUAUGACUGGUUAGACAUAUUUAGAUGUAACUACAUAGCCAAAUGAAUGUGAAGGUGUCAUCUUAUCUUAAAAAUUGAUUCUUUUUUUCCAUUUGAAAACACAUAUAGAAGUAUUAUUGAAUACAUGAUCAAUAGGUUUUAUUAACUCUAAUGUCUCCAAUAUUGUUUGCUUUCAGAAUAACAAAUUUACCAAAUUCAUUUUAUGCUAUUUAUCUCAUAUUGACAGCUAAUUCAUAAUAAUAAUUGUGUUCAAGAGAUAUUCCUAAUAUCGAAUUUGGAUUGAUAUUUGUAGCUUUAGUUUCUUGUUUAAUUGGUUUACCUUUAAAUAUUGGAUUAUUUUGUACAAAAAAGUUAACUAUUCCAAAUUUGUUUCGAUUUUUAUUAAUGUUGACAAUAAUAGGUUAGAGUGGUUUAAUAGGUUUAAAAAAUAUUUAUAAUAAUUAGCGCUUAUUUAUUAGGCUGAUGUUGAUCUUAGAUCUGAAUGCAGUCCAACUCAUCUAUUAUUUAGAUCUUAUUUAUAUAUCAUUCCUAUAACAAUUUUGAGUGCUUUAAGUUUAUUGUUCUCAAUGCCAGUCUAAGAUCAUGAUGAAAUAAGAUAAUUACUAAUUUAAGCUAGAUUGAAACCCUUAAAAUAAUAACUACCAAUUUAAUAAGAUUUAACAAAACCAUAAGUCUAAUAAUAAUAAUAAUAAGAUGAAAUUUUAAAUAGAUCUGCCAUAGAUGGAGGUAAAUCUUAAAUUGGAGCUAAAUCCUAAGUAGGAGCUAAAUCAUAAUAUGGAACUAUAAGUAGAAGAGGAUGA